UUACUGAUCGUCUAUAGACUAGAUAUUGCAGAGAGUAUCGAAUAUCAGAAGUGUUCGGAAAGAGUUUUGUGGUAUCUAAGGAAUUCUAAUUUUUGAAGAGUAAAUAGAGACAUGGCAUUAUUUGGAUCAUCCACAGCAGCUGCAUCAGCAAGUAGUCCAGCUACUACACCAUCUCAACAACUUAAGAAAGAAAUUGAGAAUCAAAUUAGUCAAGAAUUAGCAGUAGCUAAUGCUACUGAAUUAGUUAGCAAAAUCACCGAAAAUUGCUUUGAAAAAUGUAUUUCACAACCUGCUAAUGUCCUUAGACCUCAAGAAGAUCAAUGUGUAAGUCAAUGUUUAGAAAAAUAUAUGAGGUCGUGGAAUGUCAUAUCAAAGGCAUAUAUUACCAGAAUUCAACAAUCUUCAAACGAUAAGUAGAUGUAACUCCAUGUUAUCAAUUUACUCAAUUACACAUAACUAGCCACACUUUGUCUGGAACAACUCUGUACAUACAUUUUAUAAACAUUCAUACUACGCAUACUCGGCGUAUUAAUAGUUACGAACAUGAUAUAAUCUAUUCUAUUCUAUCAUGCUUAUUGGAUAUAGAGAGUUACGACACUAAUUUACAUAGCAUUAAUGACAAUAAAUAUUUAUUAAUUAUUUAUAAAA